AUGCCAACAAAUGGGAUCCACCAGGUCCUGAAGAUCCAAUUCGGGCUGAUCAACUGCGAGAGCCGCUACCUGACGGCGGAGAGCUUCGGCUACAAGGUGAACGCCUCGGCACCCAGCCUGAAGCGCAAGCAGAUAUGGACGCUGGAGCAGGACGAGGCCGACAGCUCCGUUGUCUUCCUCAAGAGCCACCUGGGCCGCUACCUGGGGGCCGACAAGGACGGGCAGGUGCGCUGCGAGGCCGAGCAGCCGGGCCGCGAUGAGCGCUUCAGCAUCAUCACGCAGUCGGACGGGCGCUGGGCGCUGCAGUCGGCGCCGCACCGGCGUUUCUUCGGCGGCCGCGAGGACCGGCUGUCCUGCUUCGCUCCCAGCGUCACUGAGGGCGAGCUGUGGACCGUGCACCUGGCCAUGCACCCGCAGGCCAACCUGCUGAGCGUCAGCCGCCGCCGCUACGCGCACCUGAGCGCCCACGAGGACGAGAUCGCCACCGACAGCAACCUGCCCUGGGGGGUGGACGCGCUCAUCACGCUCUGCUUCCAGGACAAGAAGUACAGCCUGCGCACGGCCGACGAGCGCUACCUGCGCUGCGAUGGGAUCCUGGUGCCCGAGCCCGGCGCCCGCACCGGCUACACGCUGGAGUUCAAGGCGGGUAAGCUGGCCUUCAAGGACUGCGAUGGGAAGUACCUGGCGCCCACCGGGCCCACCGGAACGCUCAAAUCCGGGCGCAGCUCCAAGCCAGGCAAGGACGAACUCUUCGAUCUGGAGGAAAGUCACCCCCAGGUGGUUUUCACGGCGGCCAACGGCAGAUUCGUCUCCAUCCGGCAGGGCAUCAACGUGUCGGCCAACCAGGAUGAGGAGCUGAACCACGAGACCUUCCAGCUGCAGAUCGACCGUGACACCAAGAAGUGCAGCCUGCACACCAAUGCUGGCAGCUACUGGACCCUGGUGGCCCACGGGGGCAUCCAGGCCGUGGCUACUGAAGUUGCUGCCAACACCAUGUUUGACAUCGAGUGGCGCGGGCGGCGUGUGGCCCUGCGUGCCAGCAAUGGCCGCUACGUGUGCACCAAGAGGAACGGGCAGCUGGCGGCCGUCAGCGAUGCCGUGGGUGAGUGCAGAACUGGGGCUGCAGGUGGGGGUUGGGGGAUGGGGACGUCAGCCCCGCUCAGCCCCUUUCCCGUCGCAGGGGAGGACGAGGAGUUCACCCUGAAGCUGAUCAACCGGCCCAUGCUGGUGCUGCGGGGCGAGCACGGCUUCGUCUGCUACCACCGCGGCUCCAAUCUGCUCGACUCCAACCGCUCCGUCUACGACGUCUUCCACGUGGGCUUCAGCGACGGCGCCUACCAGAUCAGAGGUCAGGGGGGAAAGUUCUGGUACGUGGCGAGCAGCGGAGCGGUCUGCAGCGACGGGGACCUGUCCGAGGAUUUCUUCUUCGAGUUUCGGGAGCGCGGGCGCGUCGCCAUCAAAGGGAAGAACGGGCGGUACCUGCGUGGGGACCCGGCCGGCACCCUGCGGGCCGACAGCGAGUCGGUGCUGCGGGCCACGCUCUGGGAGUACUGA